AUGACUUUAGACCCUGAGACCUCGCAUGAUGAGAUCUCUUCAAUUCAGAAACCACUUCAUGAGGAGUGUUCAGAGUUAUCGACCACACUGUACACACUUAAGAAACGUGUUGAAGAGGUUCAAUCAGUCGAUCAAAUUAAUCAUCGCUGGAUUUCAAUCUAUGGUCUUCUUCAAGAAUUCAAGAUUGUAGAUUAUUAUCCAUAUGAUGAUUUAAUAGAACUUAAGAAGCUCCCAAUCGUUACCAAAUUACUUAACUUCCAAAAUUAUCUCGAAACAUUAACAAACGAAUUACAAGGACUCGAAGAUACACAACAAGCUAUCGACGAAUUUAUUAAUAAAAAUCUUUUAGGACUUUAUUAUUACAAAUAUAACAUUCAAGAUGGAAAAUCCGAAGAAGCAAAGUUUUACGACAGAAAAUUAAAGCAGGUCCAAGAUUUUAAGACCUUCAUCGAUGCUCUCGCAGCUAGAAUUGCUCGCUACAGCCCAAACAUGCCAAAGUAUGCCAUAAUGGUGAACGUCAAGCUUCUAGCUGGUUUGAUGCAAGAAUACAUACAGCAGAUGGAACAAGCUAAAAAUGCCGAGCAACUCAAGCUCAGAAAAGCUCAAAUCAAGAACGUCUCACAAAUCAUCGAUGAGUUCACUAGCUACAGGAAUAAGUUACAGCCUUUGAUAGACCAAAAUGAUUUGGAGUUAAAGGGAAUUGCUUUCGCUGAUCUCGUAAAUAUCAGAAAUUAUAUUGAUCAGCUUGCAUAUUCCGCCACGAACUUUGCUCGCGCUUGGACCAGCUACGAUAUUCCACUCGCCCUUUCCAAGAUGCUGUACUUUUCCGAUCAAUUAAUCAAAGCAAAGGGUUAUCUCGGAAUCCCAACAGGAACUCCUCUUGAUAUCAAGAGCCCAGUCAUUACAGCCAAGGCAGCAAUUGAUCACGUUCUUGCUUCCGAAAAUUCGGCCUUUUCUACAGUCAAAGAUUAUUUGACUCAAUUUUCGAAGUUUUUGGAGUCAUUUAAUAAUCUUUUGGCUCCAGUCAUCAACAAGGAAAUUAUUACUAACCCACGCCGCCUUAUGCAAGAACAGUUUACUUAUCUCGUUGGAUUCGCUUCAAUUCUUUACCAACACGAGUUCUACGAUGAUGCUUCACUCUUCGAGCUUAGCAUUAUCAGAAUGAACAUGGCAUUGAACGCUUUAACGUUCAAGAAGAAAGAAUUAGUUUUUUCAAACGUCGAAUCUGACCAGAAAUCAUUCGAUAUUGCUUCGAAGUCGCAGAGCAUCUUUGGUGAUCGCGGAAUCAACGAGGUUCAUUCAUCACAUAUCGCAACUCUCUUCAAAUUCUACAUUAAUCCUCGCAUUUCUGCAAAGUCUUACGCGAACCUCAAGAAUGUCGAGUUCUGCCUUAGAUUUAACGAUGAAAAGCAAAAUGACCUCAUUACAACAUCAAUUGAAACCGUAAAAUCUCUUAUGGAACAAUUACAGAACACAACAACAGAAACUCACGAAGACUACAUCAAGAUCAUCGGUAUAUCACAAGAGCUCUCUAAACAAGCGAUUUAUGUUGACAUGGUCGCUAUUAAAAAGUCAGAAUACUCAGAAGAGCUUCUCGAGUUACCGGAGCUCUUCCAAAAGGCCGCUACCCUCUUAAACGAAAAGAUUGACGGCCUUAUUGGUACAUACAUCAAGCCAGUAAAGCAACUCUCCAUCAUCGAGUUGGCUGUCUUCAUCCAUUCCGUAUUACGUCACAUCCAUGAUAAUACUAAGGGUGCAGGCGAGUUCAAUUCAGAGCUUGCGGCCUCAGAAACUAAUGUUCAAACGAGAUUAUUGAAUGCAAUCGAUCAUAUCAGCAUGAUUAGCCUCAAAGAAGAGCCAAUCUACACUUCUAAGGGUAUGGUACAGGAAGAUCUCAAGUCCGUAACUGAGACAUUCCCUAAUAAUGAUUCAGAUAAUUUCGAUAACCUCCUUAGAGAGUCAUUCAUCUCUAAGCUUCUUCCUUUUGCCAAAGAAGCUUACGAAACAAUGCUUGCUGAGCUUGAUAAGUUCGAAGAACGCGAAUACGAACCGAAUGAUGUAGUUUCCGAACUCGUAAAGGUCGAGUCAUCCAUCCAAUCCAUCUUGGAAAAGGAAUUGGCCCGCUACGAGAUAGUCCAUGCCAAGAUCUUGGAAAUUGUCACUUUUAUUUUACAUCAACUUUACACAAUCCAUACUGGCAUAUUACUAGAAAAUGCCAAAUCCGUUCUUCCUCAGAUCGACACCACGAGCGAUGAUAUUUCCAUCCUUCUUUCCACAAUUUCCAGUUAUUACAACGAUAUCAACACCGCCGACUCCGAUAACUCGAUGAUUAUGGCAUCAUGGAAGAUCCGCCACCUUUCAACAGACUACGCACACGAUAACGAGUUGUUGGAAGUCCUUAAUAAUCUUGAUUCCGAGUUCAAAGCCGUUUCCGACCAAGAAUCGAAGUUCAAAGUCUUCUUUGUCGAUAUGUCCAACGAGAUACAGCCAAUCUUCAAGAAAGUAUCAUCAAAGACAACGAGAGAAGGCACUGAAAGCGAAGAAUGGUCGAAGAAGUUCACAGAAAUCAUCACAGACAUAAACAAUAUGUGGUAUGUCCCUGACUCUCUUCCUUACACCCAGAACUACGUCAAUUCCACGAACUUAUUAAAUAAAGCAUUAGUAAUUCUUGGAAAACAAGAGGAAAAGGCAGGACCAUUCGAGAACUCCUAUGAACAAAUCCAUUCCACACAGAAAGCAUACGGAGAAUACAUCGAAGCCGCAGCCAAAAUCUACGGAGACAGGAAGUAUUGGAAUGUUGUAAAAGAAGCAACAUCAAUGCAAAUUCCUAAAGACGCAGAUUUCAUCAAACAAGCGAUUUUGGAACUUUACAAGAUCACUAACCAAGAAAUGGAGAAUAUCCAAUCAAAUGCAAAGCGUGCUUUCGCAGAACACGCCAUUUACGUUCUCCAGGCAUCAAGAAUUGUUGCUUACAAACAAUUUGAUCCUCUCCAGAAAUCAUUGAUUGCUUUUCUUGGCGAAGAAGAUGAAGAAAAAUUGAGAGAAACCGUCAAAGAAUUAUUAGAAAAAAUCCAAGAUUUGUAUGAAAUCGCCAAUCCACCUGCAGUCAUGAUCAAACUCGCUGUCCAACAGAAACUUCUUCAGAGCUACAUCGAUCCUGCAAACAACGAAUACGCCCAAUCAUAUACAUACACAAUUAGAUACGCGAAGAAUUUGCAGGAUGAAGAGCAAAAAGAAGUUUUCACGAAGAUUGCAACAGAGUUAUCUCUUUGUUUCUUCAGAAAGAACGAUCCAACGAAGAUUGAUUACGAGAAAGGCAUCGAAUACCUUAGAAAGGAUCUUCCUCCUGAGAUGCAGUUGAGAAAACUUACUCCAGAAGAAGAGAAAGAUGUUAUUUUCAAUACAAAACCAUUGACAAUUGAAGAUAACGAUUAUCAGGACGAUAGUUUCAAUGAACAGACUUCACCUCACCUCUACAACCGUGAUCACAGAUUGUUAGAUACAAAUACAACAACUAAUUCCCACUUGAAAGUAUACAUUGCUCCUCCUCUUCCAAUGAAUGUCAACAAAGACAACUUGAUGAAUGAGUUCUUCUUACCUGAAGAAGAUAAAAUCCAUUCAAUUGACUACAUCAAUACAUACAAAGUUGCUCAGUUGACAUUACAAAUUGCAAAGGCAAACUAUGUUCCAGAAUUGCACUUUGCAAAGCUUGGAACUGUAUACGAGAGUUUGCAUCAUCAAUCACUCAUCAAAGGACCAAUAAACACAACAAAUAACAGCCAUCAAAGCAAGUAUUUGAAAGUCGAGUUGAACAACAUCAUUGUUGAGAACAAGACAAUCGAUUACAUGUAUAUCAUGGUUUAUUUGUUCGAUAAGAAGGAAGGAUUGAUGAUUUCUCAACCAUGUUAUUGGAUCAUUUCAGCCAAUGGAAUUCCUGUAACAAUCAAUGGAAAUGACAAUGUUUAUUUCGAAGUUCCAAACAGAAAUCCAAACACUGUUUUGGUAAUGAGAUUGUUACACAACGCUGCAGUCUUGAGAAAUGAUUUCAUGUUGUAUUUGAUGACAGGAAAAGAUGUUUUGUCACAUGAAGAAUAUCCAACGAAUUUCGCUGUUUCAAUGUGCAAAUUAUUCAACGAAAACGGAUCAUUGAAGGAAGAAAUCAAGUUCAAUGACGUUUUCCAUAUGAUCAUGAUGACAAACAAAGACAUCGAGAACGACAUCAACCUCACACAAGGACUCAGCCAAUCUCCUGAAGCCAAAGUCAAUGUAAAUAUCGAUUUCAAGGUCGAAUUACAUGACAACAAACCAGGAGAUGUCGCAUACAACUGGACGGAAUCAUCCAAGCCAAAUCUCCUCAAUCUCGCAGUUACAAACAAAUCAUCUCCAUUGAUAACAUUGAGGAAUAUUCACUUCACAUUCCAGAAGCCACAAGAAGCCAAAUAUGUCUUCUUCACAGCCCAUUACUUGGAAGAUGAUUCAGAUCUCAAGAAUCCAAAGGGACUUCCAAACAUUUUGGAUUACAAAUCGAACAAAUUAGUAUCUGUUUACAGAUCAACAUCUCUUCCAACAUCAACGAACACGAGAUUCCCUGAUGUUGUUCAGUUCUACAUGAUGAUGCCUCCAACAAAGAAGACACACAUAUUAAUACAGUUCUGGACACAGAAAGGGAGCGGACAAGCAACUCUUUACAAGAUCUCCAUCAUCGAGUUAUUCGAUAACCAAGAAAAGAAGUGGAUUUCUAAUGCAAAUAACGUAGAAUUCCCACUUUUCGAACAGAAGAAACUCAACAACCAGAACUAUAUUCCUUACAAGAAGCCGAACCAGAACUCCAAGUUCUACUUCAACAUCAACAUCCCACAGCUCUAUUUCAUCCACGAGCAGUUCAACCCUGUUUUCUCUCCAGAUUGCAAUGUUGAUACAAUUGACAUCAAAUCACUCCAGAUUUCUGAUGUCCACAACGCAAUCAUUCCUGUAACAACAAGAUUGCUUAAGCUCGUAAAUGAAAAGAACAUUGGAUUGUUGAUCAACAUCUACGCACAAUACGAGAACAUCAAUGAUCUCGAGCAAAUUAUCAAUGAAUAUUUGACAAAUAAUUAUUUGCCAAGUAGAAUUUCUGACAAUUUGCCAAAGAAUUUACUUAAUUCCAUUGGUUCAUAUGUUUCCAACUUGAUCUUCUCUGCAAACAGUGCCAAGAGAUUGCAUUACUUGAUCAAUGUCAUCAGGACAGCUCCAAUCAUCAUGAACAUUGUCACAGCAACAUUGGCAUGGACAUACAAAGAGAAGAAAUCACUGAAAACAGUUGAAAUGGAGUUCGGUUUGAUGGCAAGAGCAUUUGCACAGUUAAUUUCUAAUUUCUAUAACUUAGAAAUGACAGUAAAUGCUCACAAGGCAUUCACAAACAUGUUCUUCUUAGUUUCUCCACUUUUCGAUGCCAAAUUCGUUGUCCAACAGUUAGAAACAUUCAUCAAAGACACUUCUAAUGUUUCUCAAACUGAUUUGACACCGUUGUUCCCUCCACCGGAUCCUAAAGAGAAGAAACCACAUCCACCGCCAAUUCCUAAACCAGAUAUCUCAACGAAAUCACAGGAACAAAUCGUUUUAUUCUUGAGAUAUUCUGUUUUCGAGGUCUUCUUCCAUUCAGUAAAUCUCAUUGCCAUCAUUGCCUACAAACACAAUGAUAACGCAAUCAUCAAUUACUUGUUGGAAGGCAUCAAGAGAUCAUUCGCAAUCAGCGACUUGAUUCUCAUGAAUUCCUACAUUUACAUGCUCGCUCAAUUAUGCAGAGAUUUAGAACAAUUCUCUGUAAUUUUGGAGAAAACAGCCACUGUUUUGUUGCCUUACAUUGAUUUGGCUAUCAAAUUACACAACAAAGUUGAAGUCAAAUCAGACUACAAGUUCUUCCAGCACUUCAUUAUCCCUGUUCUCUUCAUCAUCCAUGAAUGUGAGACAUCAGUAAUGAUCAAGAAACUUCAAUCUUACGAACCACAAGAUUUGAAGAAUUUCUUCUCAUUCUUGAAGUUCUGCAUCGAGCUCAACUUGCAGCCACCAACAACACAUGGAUUGUUGGGAACUGUUAAGUCAACAACGUUCUCCAAUGAGAUGAAGGCGCUCAACCAGAUGAAGGAAGACUCAAAGGCAGUCAACUACGCAUUGUUCAAUGAAAUCACAAUGAGAUACCUCUUCUUCUACGUCGAACUCCUCAAGAACAAGUUCAACAUGAUGCCUGCAAUUGAUGAAGUCACUUCACUUCUUUUAUUAUUGAUGAACAGAUUGCAGGAACCUAGUUCCAUGGGCAAGACAAUUGUCAUUUUGUGCAAUGUCAUUGAUAGAUUCAGAAAUGAUCUAUUGACAACACACAACUCCGCUCUUGACACGAUAAUUAACUACGGCCUCAAACUCUGCAAGAGACAUUUGAGGAUUUCAAGAGCAGGCGGUGCAGCAUUGUUGUUGCACAUCUUCUUCAUGGAAUAUAUGACAACGAGACAUGUAAUUGUUACAUCACAUUACUUCUACUACAAUUACACUGAUAUUGUCAUGGAAUCAGAAAAUUAUCAGUUGAAGAUUUACGGAGCUCUUCUUGAUACUUUGUAUUUGUUCGCAAGCAAUUUCAAGAUCAAACACUAUGUUGAAAUUGUUCUCGAGAAAAUCAACGCAGGAAAAGUUAUUUAUCCAGCGUUGUUGAAGCUCAAAUCAUCGAACAAAUCUCCAGAAUUCCAGACAAUCCACAUGCUCAAGAUUGCAGACCAGUUCUUCACUUAUCCAGUCCUCAGAUUGCGCUGGCUCCACAAGAUCGUCGAUGUCAAUAUGGAGGCAUCUUUGUGGUCAGCAGUUUUCGUCACAUACACGAGAAUUGCACAGCUUUGCUACAACAUCAUUUUGUUCGCUCACAACGAUAGAGUUCCUUCAUUAGACUUCUCUUACGUUCCAUCAAUCAUCGAAGAGAAUUCAGCAAAGAUCGAUUACGCGAAACUGAAGUACAGGCACUUGCUUAUCGAUUCACCUGAAUUCACAGCAGAUGGAGUAAUUGAUGCUUGCGAAGGAGCUGCAAACGCCGCUAAAUCUCGCAGUUUGUUCCUUUUGCACAGACACACAUUGGUACAAUUAGUUGCUUUGUACGAGAUGAAGAGAAGGUACAAAUUACUCACAGGAAAGGCCGGCGAAUUGUCCGCAAUGUACGGAGACUUCGCAAGAGCAAAUGAAGAACCAUUGUUCUUCUAUUUGACUGAGAGAAGAAAGAACGGAAACAUCUUGUCAAAGAGAAUUUACUGCUCUCCAAUUGCAACAAUCGACAAGUUCGUUCUCUUCUUGAAUGAUCCAACAUACAACCGCUUCGAACACGGCGAACAAGCACAGAGUUAUCCAUCCUUCGAAUCCGCUUCUAAAGUUUUGAAUAAUAUCUGCGUUUUCGCUCUCAAAGGAAAGCAUUCAUUACAUGAAUUCAACAACGAAAAAGAAUUCUAUGUUGAUGAAGGCAACGUCAGAUACUCAUUCACAGCAAACUUCGAAUUCCCAAGCUCCAUGGUGUGCUCUGAAGUUCUUUCUGAGUCCAAGACAAACAUCACUCCACAGUUCACAAUCAUCGAGACAAUCAAACAAUACAAGGAAGAACUUAACCAUUUGAACACAAGUAUCGAAGUUAUGCUUCCAUCGAAGAACUUCAGAAACAGAUUCCAGGAAUACAGAUACAACUUGCCAAUCCAGUUGCUUGAGAAAUGGAUCAACGAGGCUUCUCAAAACGAAUUCUGCGACAAAGUUGGUGCUUCUCUCGAGGACGAACAAGUCAAGACAGAAGCUGUUUCUUUGGCCGACGUUCUCAAGAAAUCUGCAUCUGUUUACGUUACAGCAGCACAAACACAAGGAGAAGACCAAGAUUCCGCAAAGGUCAGAGUCUCAGUGAUCAACAACUACUUGAAGGUUGUCACGCAGGAGAGGAACUACCAGAUAGAACAGACAGAACUGGAGGAUGACCCACUUAACUACAAACGUGAUUAUGAAGAUUAUUAA